AAAGUCAUUGCUACGAUUAACAGAGGAGCAAACACUUACUAAGCCAGCGAAGCCGAGCAAAGAAGAGAAAAAUGGUGUCCAUGUGUCGACAGAUCCUAGGCCUCUCCCUGGGCAUUAUUGGUUUCAUAGGAGCGAUUGUGAUCUGCGCCCUUCCCAUGUGGAAGAUGUCUGCAUUCAUUGGAGCCAAUAUCGUGACGGCGCAGAUCAUCUGGGAGGGCUUGUGGAUGAACUGUGUGGUCCAGAGCACAGGACAGAUGCAGUGCAAAAUCUACGACUCGCUCCUGGCUUUACCUCAGGACCUGCAGGCUGCUCGCGCGCUUGUAAUCAUCGCCAUCAUUGUCUGCCUCUUUGCGUUCAUCCUGGGGAUUGCCGGUGGAAAAUGCACCAAUUUUGUCGAGAGGGAAGAAUCCAAGGCAAAGGUGGCUAUCGCCAGUGGUGUGCUCUUCAUCGUCUCUGGAGUGUUGGUCCUGGUUCCUGUCUGCUGGUCAGCUAACACCAUCGUCAGGGAUUUCUACAAUCCCCUUCUCACAGAUGCCCAAAGGAGGGAGCUCGGGGCCUCUCUCUAUAUCGGAUGGGGUGCAGCUGCACUGCUGAUCCUGGGAGGAGGUAUUCUGUGCAGCUCCUGCCCGCCUAAGGAGGACAACUACAACAUCAAGUACUCUCAGCCACGGUCCACUGCCACCAGCAGAGCCUACGUCUGAAGGAGUUCAAGCAUGCAAAGACUUUCUACUUACCAAAGACCCUUUUUUCGUAAAAUCUCUUCAUUCCCACCUCUGGAUUUUUUCCCCCCAAAGAGAAACGAAACAAGGACAUUGUCUGAUAUGGCAUCAUUUAUUUGCUGAGAUUUUGUGCUGUGAUUAUCCGGAUCAUUGAAAGAGAAAAGUAUGCAUUGAUAAUGUGAUGAGAGGAAUCAAUCUCAGGGAAACUCAGAGAUCUGAAAUGUUCUGAAAUGUUAACUCUGUUUUAAGGAACAAGCUGUUUUUGUAAUUUAUGUUUAAUAUGAUGUUUCCUUAAUCAGAAAAAUAACAAUAUCUAACUGUUAAUAAAACACAGUGGCUAUGGUUUUAUAAAAUGUGCAUUAACCUUCUUAGUUUUUAUUUUUUAAACAUAAAUGAGCAUUUUUGCACAAAGAUGUCUUGAUCAGUAAAUCUGUCUUACUGUUUGUUUAUUAAAAUAAAUAAAUGUUUUGUAAUGUUUUGUGUUUUCAUAAUUAUAGUUUGACAUUACUGAUUAUUCUUGCAUCAAAGAAAACACCUCUCACCUCUGCUCACCUCUGAUGGUGACUAAACUGUUUAAAAUAGCAACAGAGACGUUGCCAAAGACCUCCUGUAAAACCUGUUUUUAGCAAUGCUGUUACAAAAAUAUCUAUAUUUUGCUGUGAAAAAAAAUAUUAAACAACUAUAAUGCA